GUAGCAUCCUGGAGCACCGUCCAAUCAGAGCGGGGGGCGGGCGCGCUCGCACCCGCGUGGAGGUCGCCCCCCUCGCGCCGCCUCCCCACGCGCACCUGCCCCGCGCGGCCCCCGGUGUCGUGUCCCCGUUGCUCUCACCUGCCGGGGCCGCGGGGAGGACGCCCGGAGAGUCCGCAGCGGGCGGAGAUGGACUCAGUGGUCUUUGAGGACGUGGCUGUGAACUUCACCCUGGAGGAGUGGGCUUUGCUGGAUGCUGCUCAGAGGAAGCUCUACAGAGAUGUGAUGCUGGAGACCUGCAGGAACCUGGCCUCAGUGGAUUGUUACACUCAAGGUAAAACCAGUGGAUCAAGUCCUCGGCGGCAUAUUUUGAUGAAUAAAAUAUUCAGUAAAGAGAAAAUACUAACAUUCACAAGAAGUGGUUCCUGGUCUGUUUUUGGAGAAAUCUGGGCAUUUCAUAGCAUUGGAGAUCAGCACCAAACCCAGGAGAGGCGUGUGAGAAGUCAUUUGGUGGAGAGUCUCUGUGAAAGGAAGGAAUGUGAUCACUGUGGAGAAACCCUGGACCAGACUAAAAACCUUCCUGUGCAUGAGUGUUAUCAGACUGGAGUUAAACCUGAUGAAUGCACAAAGUGUGGAAAAGACUUCGUGGACUGUUCUUUCCUGAAAAAUCAGCAAAGAUCUCACACUAGACACAAACCUUGUCCAUGUAAGGAAUGUGGGCAGCCCUGCAGUUGUGUCUCGUGCCUGCACCUUCACGUGGAAACAGAUAAUGUAGAGAAACCCUAUAAAAUACGUCAGGGUACUGAGAGAUCCUCUAAGAGAAACAUGGUGAGUCUCCGUAGUAAAAAGUCUUUUGAGUGUAAGAAAUGUGGAAAAGCAUUCUCUUGUCCCUCAUCCUUACAGGAACAUGAGAGACGUCACCAUGAACAGAAGAUCCAUGCGUGUAAAUUAUGUGGGAAAGCCUUCAUAUAUUAUUCCUACCUUACACGACAUGUGAGAACACACUCUGGAGAGAAACCCUAUGAAUGUCAGGAGUGUGGGAAAGCCUUCAGUUACCCUGCAUCCCUGCAAGGACACAUGAGGACGCACACUGGAGACAAACCGUAUGCGUGUAAGCAGUGUGGCAAAGCUUUCACUUAUCCUGCAUCCCUGCGAGGACACAUGACAACACACACUAGAGAGAAGCCUUAUGUAUGUAAGGAAUGUGGGAAAGCCUUUGGUUGUCGCAAUAACUUGAGCAGACACAUGAAAUCGCACAAUAGAGUGAAACCCUAUGAAUGUACAGAGUGUGGGAAAGGUUUCUGUUUUUACUCAUCCCUUCAAAUACAUAUGAGAACACACAGUGAAGAGAAACCCUAUGAAUGUAAGGAGUGUGGGAAAGCCUUCAGUUAUUCUUUAUCCCUCCAAGAACAUGUGAGAACGCACACUGGGGAGAGACCCUUUGAAUGUCAGCACUGUGGGAAAGCCUUCACUCGUCACUCCUCCCUUUGGGUACAUGUGAGAACACACAGUGGGGAGAGACCCUUUGAAUGUCAGCACUGUGGAAAAGCCUUCAGCUGUCAAUCCUCCCUUCGAGGACAUGUGAGGAUACACAGUGGGGAGAGACCCUAUGAAUGUCAGCAGUGUGGGAAAGCCUUCAGAUAUUCUGCAAGCCUUCGAGUACAUGUGAGAACACACACAGGAGAGACCCUAUGAAUGUCAGCAGUGGGAAAGCUCUCGAGCUGCCUCAACAUUUCCAAAGGCAUGUGAGAAUGCACAGUGGUGUGAAACCCUAUGAAAGUAAGAAAUGUGGGAAAGCCUUCAAUUGCUCCUCGUCACUUUGAAUACAUCUGAGAACUCACAGUGAAGAGAAACCGUAUGAAUGUAAGGAGCGUGACAGAGCCUUCAGGGAUUCCGCAUCCCUGCAAGUACCCUGGAGACAGAACAGUGGGGAGAGACCCUAAGAGUGCUAGCACUGUGGCAGUCUUCACUUGUCACUCCUCCAAGUCCAUGAGAGAACGCACAGUGGGGAGAGACCCUAUGAAUGUCAGCACUGGGGGAAAGCCUUCAGUUGUCACUCCUCCCUUCAAUGACAUGUGAGAAUGCACACUGGAGAGAAACCCUAUGAAUGUCAUCAAUGUUGGAAAUCCUUCAGUUGUCACUCCUCCCUUCAAGUACCUGCAAGAAAUCACAGUGGAGAGAGAACCUAUGACUGUUAGCAAUGUGGGAAAGCUUCCAGGCAGCCUCCAAAUUUUCAAUGUCAUCUGAGAACCCACAGUGAGCAGAGACCACAUUAAUGUCAGUACUGUGAGAAAGCUUACUCCUGUGCUGCAUUCCUGUGUGAACACACACUGGAGAGUAAAAUCUACAACCAAGGACUGAGGGAAAGCUUCAUUCUUCUUAACACCUUGUAAAUGCAAGGAAGCACACUAGAGAGAUAACUUAUGAUGGCAAGAUUGUAGGAAAACCUCCAGGUUUAGCACCUCACUUAUUUUCUUCAUGAGAACUCAGGGCAGGACAAAUCUUUUGUUAUAAAUGUGGUUUUGCCUUUGUGUCUCAUCCUUAGUAGGGAUCCCCAUUGUAUUGAUUUCUAGCUCAUGUUGCUGGUGUGAACACUGAAGAGAAUAAAUAGCCCUCUCUAUCCCCAUCACCUGUACUACGUAGAUUUUGUUAUAUUGCACUUUAAAUGUACGGUUGUAUAAUAUUUCACUUAUAUCACAUUUUUUGGAUCCAGUAGUGAUAAGGAGUCUUUGUUUUUUCAUGUGCAAUAUGAUAUAAUUUUAGGUGAACAGUUUUUUGAUUCUUACUUUCCAUUAUGUUCCUAAUAUAUGAUCAUGAUCUGAGACUUAUAUUGUUGAAAUUUCUUCUCGAGUCCACUGGUGGAGAUACUAGAAUUUUCUGACGCAAUGUCUCCUCUGUAUUCUUUGGCAUUGAAAGAUGUCAAUUUUGCCUUUGUUUAUUGCUAGUGGAUACCACAUCUGUAUUUCUUACAGAAAUUUGUAAUCGUGGAAAGAUCUUGGAAGAGGACAGUCCUAUCUGAUUAUGUUCAUAAUUUGAUCUGUAAUUAUUGUCCUUGAUGUUGGCUGCAAGUGCACACAAUGCAUUGAGUUCAGAAGAGAAACCUGUGGCCUGAAGAUGAGAGCUGGUGUCCAGAUGCUUCUACUGAAUUGUGCUGUCAGCUUGGGUGAGGGGGGGCACUGUGUAUCCCAUAGUCCUUCUGUUUGUGGUUCUCAGUUAAAGUUCACGAGAAGAGGAAGAUGCAUGAGGUUUGGAAAGGAGAAAUGAAGAAGCCGUGACUCGCAGAGCUUCUGUCAGGGGACAGGGGUGCAUGGAACCUGGUGGGCCUGCAUUACGGCACACUUUUCUGACUUCUGGCUCUGCCCGUCUGGAAUAGCCCCCAUCCAGACCCCAUGUUUGACAUCAGUUCCCUCUCAAGCAGCAGAUUCCACACACUCUCCCACAAGCUCCCCCAUCGUGGACCCUCUUUGGUUUUCAGGUUCACACAGUUCCAUGUAUUUUCCUGCAGCUCUUUGGUGUCCCUCAGGCCACUUCCUCAGGCUGUCACACUCGGUGAUCUUCUCAUUCUGGGCCCCCUCCAUCUCCAAGGCUUCUCCUAAUCACAUGAACUGUGUAGAGAGCAUCUUGUUCUCUAGUAGUGGACCUGUUCCCUGCCCCUACCCUGACAGGUUUAACACUGAAGCCACGAAUGGAGGAAACUUUCUUCCCUGGUUGUAUUGUUGAGAGGCUGCACUGAUCCUGUGUGUCUGGUUUCUGGAUACUUCCGUGACUGAAAUCAAUUAUGUGAACGUAUUUGGCAGUUUGUGAGAGUUUUCUCUUCUGAUUGCUCUCUGAAUGAUAAACCCUGUAUAUUUAAUUACUUUCCGUUUUUAUAUGUGAUUACCUAGUGUUUAGCUCUUUCAUUUUCUUAUUUCAUUCAAAACAAUGUACAUUUUUUGUCAAAGUUGGUUCUCUGCAUCGUUUCUUUGAAAGCUCAUUAUGUAUGUUUUCAAAUCCGUUCUAUGCUUACAAGUGUUAGUAUGUUUUAUAUUUUGUUAGCUGAGAGGAUAUGUUACACUGUUCCAUUCGGGAGGAUUAACUUAUGUGUCAACUUUUCCGUAUAUAUUUUGGGGUAAUUGUACUAAAUACGCCUUUUCAUAUUA